AUGCAAGCCUGGAAGGAUUCUUCAGAGCUUAUUGACUUCAAUUUUGGAUCUUUGUUUGACUUGGAAAAUGAUCUUCCUGAUGAGCUGAUCCCCAAUGGCGAGUUGGGCCUUUUAAACAGCAGUGGGAACCUUGUUCCAGAUGCAGCUUCCAAACACAAACAACUUUCCGAACUUCUAAGGGGAGGCAGCGGCUCUUCCUUAAACCCAGGAAUUGGAAAUGUGAACUCAAAUAGCCCUGUCCAGCAGGGAGUUGGUAGUCAAGUUCAAGGGCAGCCGAACAGUGCUAAUAUCGGUAAUCUGGGUGCUAUGGGUAAGAGCCCUUUAAACCAGGGAGACUCUUCUGCUUCAGGCCUUGCAAAGCAAGCAGCCAGCACCUCUGGACCUACCACACCUGCAUCACAAACUCUGAACUCUCAAGCACAAAAACAAGUGGGGAUGGUGACGAGCAGCCCUGCAACAUCACAGACUGGACCUGGGAUAUGUAUGAAUACUAAUUUCAGUCAGACACACCAGAGCCUUCUCAACAGUAAUUCUGGUCACAGUUUAAUGAAUCAGCCUCAACAAGGACAAGGGCAGGUAAUGAAUGGAUCUCUUGUGGCAGCUGGAAGAGGAAGGGGAGCAGUAAUGCAAUAUUCUGCCCCUGCCAUGCAGGGAAAUGCAGGCAGUGUGCUGGCAGAGACUUUAACCCAAGUAUCUCCACAGAUGGCUGGUCACACCGGACUGAACACAGCACAGACAGGAGCAAUGACUAAAAUGGGAAUGACAGGUAACACUAGUCCCUUUGGGCAGCCUUUCAGUCAAACUGGAGGGCAGCAGAUGGGAGCUACAGGAGUGAAUCCUCAGUUACCAAACAAGCCAGGCAUGGCGAAUAGUUUGUCUCCCUUCCCUGCUGACAUCAAGAGUACUCCCGUCACCAGUGUGCCAAAUAUG